AUGGCUCUGCUCUACAUCAAGAAUAUAAUCUUGCCGGCCAAGAGACAACCUGUCUCAUUACCCUCGUUUAAGCAGCAACAACAAUAUGGUACUUGCGACACUGCAUCAGAGAUAUCUCAAGACGGCUCCGACUCUUCAACCUUGAGGAGUGAUACAGGAAAUCGCUCCUCAUCUCGAGUUGACCCUCGUAUCAUUUCAGACGCUACUAUCGGUCUUUCAGACGGCCUAACUGUUCCCUUCGCGCUUUGCGUGGGAUUGGCAGCACUCGGCGACACGAAGCUCGUCAUCUAUGCUGGUCUGGCGGAGCUUUGUGCGGGCGCUAUUUCCAUGGGAUUGGGAGGUUAUCUUGGUGGUACACGAAAAAUUGUCAACCAAGCUCCAGACGAAGCCAAUUCGAUGAUCAAAUCAACAUUCGACUCCUACGGCCUUUCGGAAGAUACUCUGGACGCCUUUGCUACACAAAUCAGCUCAUGUCCGAAACGAUCAGAGAAUUUUAUCAUGCGCUUCCAUCAUGAUCUUCCGGAGUCACAAGCAGAUGCCUCACGUGCUUAUAUCUCAGCUUUGACUAUUGCACUUGGUUAUCUUCUUGGUGGACUGGUACCUCUCACGCCUUACUUCUUCGUGAGCAAUAAUCAGACUGCUCUGUGUUGGAGCAUCGGAGUCAUGGCCGUUGCCCUGUUUGUCUUUGGCUAUGUCAAGACUGUUCUAGUUGGUGAAGAGAAACGGCUGCUGUGUGUCAAAGCAGGCAUACAGAUGAUGGUACUGGGAGGCGUUGCUGCUGGAGCAGCUAUGGGCUGCGUCAAGGCCAUAGGCUCAUGA